GCUGGUAAAAAAGGGCACAAAUGUCUGAAUAAAUGAAUAUAAGUGGCUUUAUUUCAGGUUAGAAAACAACAUAACGCUGAAAAGGAAGUUGUGUGAAUAAGAAGAAGGGAGGAACGAGAGGAGGAGGACCUAAAAGCGAUACAAAGCGUUACAGGUCAAAAGAAGAAGAAGAAGAAGCCGAGCGGCGAGCCAUUCAAACGGAAGAAGAGCGGAGGCUUGGGCCCAUAAUACACCCAAGAAGAAGAAGAAGCUUGGGUUAAGGAUUUUUUUUAUUGUAUUACUAUUGUAUUACUGUAUGCAGCGGUGGAACACCACGGCCAUGAUCUAAACACCUUCAAGCAUCAUGUUUGCUACACCAAGAGUGCCUGUGGGUGGGAGUAGCAAUGUGAAGGUCUUUGUGCGUAUUCGUCCUCUUCUGCCAGCUGAACAUGAGGAAGGUGCAAGGAAUAUCAUAUAUGCUUCUUCCACAGACAGGGAGGUGAUUAUUGAGGAUGGAAGUGAAAAGUCUUUCAAGUAUGAUGGAGUACUGAAGGAGGAUAUGGGGCAAGAGGAAGUGUACAAACAAGCAGUUGCACUACUUGUGAAGAGAGUAAAAGAAGGUUUUAAUGCAACUAUUUUGGCUUACGGCCAGACUGGCUCAGGCAAAACAUUCACCAUGGGAACUAAUCCUUCUGUCAAUCAGGAGAAGGAGGGAAUCCUUCAACGAGCCCUUCAAGACUUUCUCUCUGUGGAUGAAAAUGGUCCUCCACAUCAUGACAGGACCCCCUGUCAGCUAAAAAUAUCUAUGGUGGAGAUAUACAGUGAAACUGUAUAUGAUCUUUUAGCAUCAAAGAAAGAACUGAAAAUUAAAAAUGAAAUUGGUGGAGGUGCCUCUAUUGUUGGACUAGUGGAAGAAUCUGCUGACACCCUUGAGAAAAGCUUGGCUUUGCUGGAGAAGGGAACUCUUCUGAGAAGCGUGGGAACAACUGCCAUGAAUAAUGGUUCCUCCCGUUCCCAUGCUCUUACUUUUCUGAAAAUCAAACAUGGAAACCGUGAAGCAUGUUUAAAGUUAGUGGACUUGGCUGGUGCUGAGGGUGUUGGUCGGGCACAGACUUCAGGACUGCAGUUCACUGAAGGUGUUAACAUCAACAAGGGUCUUCUGAGUCUUGGCAAAGUUCUGGCAGCACUCAGCAACUCAUCUGCAUAUGUACCGUACAGGGAAUCACUGUUGACCAGAGUACUCAAGGAUUCCCUUAGCCGAGGAGGCUAUACAACAAUGAUUGCCUGUGUGAACCCAUCAAGUGACAACGUACAUGAGACAAUAAAUACACUCAGAUAUGCUGAACAGACAAGAAACAUCAGGACAAGAGUGCAGGCUAUGUCGACUAUCAAGAAAAGGGAAAAUAAACGUAGAUUGGAGGACGUGUCUGCCUGUGGUGAGGCAUGGAAGAAACGAAUUAUGUCGACCGAGAAGGCAGAGCACAACAGCACCAUUUCAACCCCAGGUCAUAAGCCAUCUGUACGAAAACUUGCUCCAUUUUUCAACAUGACUGUCACCACUCCAUAUGAGGACUUGGCCGAUGGACUUUCAGAACCGGCAAGUGGACUUCUUCCUAUUGCUGAACAGAGACAUCCACCUAACAUUGGCAAGACACUAUUCCCUGGUUUUCCUCCUCUUCGCACAUUUCCCUCGUUGGCAAAGCUUGACAGUGAUGAUGGUUCUCCUUCUGGGCUUUCAACUGUGUCAGCCAUUGAAGGGAGAAGCAUCAGUCCUUUUGGGAAUAGCCCGCUCAUGGAACAUCUCACCAGCCACUUAGAGAAGACUAUGAUGACACAGCUAGAGAACAUUGAGGAUCGCGUUGCUGACUCCAUCAUAGCUAAACUUACAAAGAAGAAAGGAAGGCCAAAAAGAAAAGAAAAGAAAAUGAGAGGUAAAUCCAUGUGUUCUACUCCAACUGGGAUUGACACCAGCUCAGGGACAGAUGGAGAGUCUUCUAGAGGCAACAUUUUGGAAGAAACUUUUGCUCAUGCCUUUGGAAAGAAUAAAAUUCAGAAUGUCGUACAAGAGGCACUUACAAAUGCUCUUGGACAUUUCAUGAAUAUUCCAGCACAGGCUUCAAACAAGGGUGUUGCUGAUGUAAAUGAAACAAAGCUCUCUUCUGAAUUCAUCACAGACUCCAAGAAAACUUUAACUGAUAUGACAAAUUUGUCACAUCUGCAAGAAACUUAUUAUACAAAUGAGAAGCAAGUUUUUGAGACUCCUUUUGUGAAAUUCAGUCAAGAAAAUAUGAAGAAGAACUUGCCUGUCACUAGCACUGCUUUAUGUAAUACCCGGAUGGUAAGGCGCUCAACAAGACUCUCCACUCAGAGGAGCCGAUGCAGUCCUCUGAUCAACCGAUUCUCACCAAAAAUCAGUCAUGAUUCAGAAGAUUCGAUUAUGACUGAUGUAUCUGUUUUGGAGGCAAAUGUAACAGCUAUUGAAGCAAAUGUUGAGUCAUCAAGGCUGGAUUUAUUUUCCAAAGGCACUAAUGUGACAACUAUUGGAGCAAAUAUAGAUUCAUCAAGGCUGGAUCUAUUUUCCAAAGGCAUAAAUGAAAAAGUUGAAACUAGUGGGGUGACUGUGUUACAUCAUUAUAACACAGUCAUUCAAAAUGACCAAGAUACAAAAACUGAGAAAACUCAUAGGCGAAAAUCAACCAGGCUGGAAGCCAUUAAAGCAUCUCAAAAGAAUUAUAUGAUUUUUCAACAACAAAGCCCACUGUCAAACACACCAAAGAAGCGAUCCUACAAAAAAGGAAAUGCCUCAUUUCACAGUUUUAGCAGAAGUGCAGAUUCUUCUGUUCUAAAUGCUUCACUGUCAAAUCAGAGUUGCAUAAAGAUGGCCAGCCCAAGACUGCAAAAGGAACACAAGGAUUCCAUUCUCACCAUUUUGAACACAGGGAGCUUAAAGAAGCUGCAGCAGUUACCAACUAUUGGCCCCAAGACUGCAAUGGUCUUAUAUAAUUUCCGGAAACUGUAUGGCAACUUUGACAGAAUUGAAGAACUGGAGACUGUACCUGGACUUACCAAAAAUUUCUACCAUAGAUUUUUGGCAGCAAAUUUGUUGACUGGACCACUGCAGCGACCCUGAAGCACUCAAACACACACACUUACGCACACUCCACUCCAAAAGCUCAAUCGGUUAAAGCUCUGUGCUGCCAGGCGGAGGUUCAAGCGCCAUUCAGGCCAGGAUUUUUCAGCAGAUGAGACAUUACUGUCCCCCCUUGAGCAAGGGGGAUGGGGUAUGUGGUGUGUGAGGUCCCAGCAGUACCUAGAGAAAAACGAUAAUGAUGAUCCUCGCUUGUGUCGGGAGGGUAUUUGCUGGCAAUUGCAAGGCCAACUCAUGAUCAGGCAAUGGUGACAUACACACACACACACAUGCACACACAAUUUAAUGCAAAAAAGUGCCAUGUGCUGCAAGUGAGGAAGAGUGAAAUGAGACUACAUAUACUUACAAAAUGGGAAAUGAAGAAAAGAGGAAAAAGACAUAGGAAUGGUGGUUCAAGCUGAUUUGUCACCAAAGAAGCAUAUUAAUGAUACACUUUGAGAUAUAUACAAAAUAGAAAUGGCAUUUCAUUACCUAGAUAAAGAGAAGAUCUGAUGAGUAAAAUAACUGCAGUGAUUGGAUCAAUACUGGAAUAUGCAGAAAUUGUAUGAUAGCUUCACAACAAGAAACACUUGAAGAAGCUGGAAAGAAUACAGAGAAUAGCUACUAAGAUGGCACCAGAACUUAAAAAUCUAACUUAUGAAAAAAAAAUAAAAAAAUACAAAUGGCGACACUGGAGGAAAGAAGAAAAAAAUGCAUUUUCCCUAUAGAUAUAUAAAUACUCUAAAUGAUUUAGAAGAGGUGGUAGAAAAAAAGUGUGUGCAGCAAUUUGAGAAAAAGCUGGACAAGUAUAGCUAUGAAGAUGAACCACACAAAUGUAGCUCAGGCCCUAUUUACUACAACUAGGUAAAACAACAAGGUAAAUACACGCACAGAUUGGGUUUGCCUACCAUGAAGGAGAGAAGAGAAAGCGAUCUGAUUGCAGUGUACAGGGCAAUGAAGAAAAACAGGGAUGACCUCUUUGUAUUAGAGACAAGAGGUCACAGAAAGAAAUUGAGGAAAAGGUGCCUGAGGGAUAUCAAGAAAACUUAUUUUUCUUAUAGAUGCAUUGACACUCCUUGAAUAGGAAAUUGUUCAAGCCAAAAAUGUUCAAGAAUUUACAGCUAAACUUGAUACAUUAGAUGAGAUUACAUACACUUCCACAAGUGUAGUUCUCUUCCUGUUUAGUACUACUGCUAGCAAGUAAUACACACACACACACAAACAAACACAUAUAUCAAAGACUUCUAAGUACAACUGGAUAUUAACUUUAAAGUGCCUUUUCUUACCGCGAGCAAAAAUGGUGCUGCCACAGAAUGAUUCGACCAUUUACAUGUUUAUUGAUACCACUUUAUUUGCUAUUUUAAUUAAGUGGCAAAACUUAAGAUCUUAUGAUAAAACUACAGUAAGAUCUUGCAUUUAACAAGUUCACAUUUAAUAAAUUUGCAUCUAACAACACUACUGGACCUCUACCCAUAUACAUCUCUAUUGAGGAAGCUUCAAAUCUAUGAAAAAUAUCCUGGGAGUUGAUUUCAAAUCAGUCACCACCAUGGCAAAGUGCAAAUUGUCAUUGUUGUCCAUCCUCCCCUCACACUGCCACUCCCCAAUCUCCUACCUCGGUCCUAGCCUUACAUACAUAUUGUAGUGUUAUAUAGCCACCUCUUGCUGCUUUUAAUGUGCAUUUAGCAGUGGCUUACAGUUUGCCUUGAGAGGAGGAAGGGUGGUGGUGGUGGCAGCAGUCAGGAGAUGGGAGGAGAGUGUCCCAUUAGUCUCCCUUCUUGCCUCUGAUACCACCUUACCUAUGCACCUCAUUCAUCACUAAUUCAGUUGUCCACAUUUUUUUUCUUUUAUAUGAUAUGACAAGUUAAUGCCAAUAACUUCAAUGCCCAGCUCUCUUACAGGAACUUUCCUCUACAGGGUGGUCGCAACAGAAGCGUCUUCACCUCUCCCUGUUCUGGCACUCCCUCUCAGCACACUCAGUCCUGCUAAUUUCAAUUCUCGCUCACUCUAUUGAUCCAUCCUAACACCCCCUCCCUCAAUCCUUCCCUCAUACACUCUUCACAAUUUCAUUCUCCUUCAUUCUCAUCAUAUGUCAACACCAACUUAGCAUACUGCACUUCACCCAUUCAACCACUCCACAAUCCACUCCUUUCACUGUCACACCCCAUAGCAAACCUCUCAUACAUUCUUUCAUUACUUUCUCCAUCCCAUUUUGAAACACCACAUGCACCUCCUAUUUGACUCAGUUCCACUGCACGUAUUUCUGAUUGCUCUGCUGCAUUCCAUAUCCACACCUGACGCAUUCAACAGAACCGGCCGGAUAAUACGGUUCCUUAUUCCCCUCUUUACCUCCAUGCUCACACUUCUUCAUCUCAUAACUUACUCCAUUGCACCUACUACUUGUCUGUCCUUACUGCUCUAUCACUCACCUCACCUUUCAUGAUUACCAAAUAUUUGAACACAGUCAGCUCCUCCAUUCUUUCAUCCCCCAGCCCUAUUCUACUCUUCAUUGUGCCCUCUGCUCUAAUUGUACAGCUUUACAAAAUCAUUGGUCUGGUCUCAUUCCUUGUCAAACUCAUUCACUGUUCUCUGCAGCAUACCCUCAUUCUCUGCCAACAAUACUGUAUCAUUUGCAAACAGGCUGCCACCAAUGACUUCUGUACCUCUCACUUUCAGCCUUGGACCAAGCCCCCCCCCUCUGGCUUUCAUUUCUCACAUACAACCAUCCAUGUACACAUUAAAAAGCCAUGGUGAUAUCACACACCCCUGUCUCACACCCAUAUCAACUCACCAUUCACACAUACAGAGGCACUUGCAUCCUUGUAGAAGGAUCUGAUCCCCUCAAGCAAAUGCCCUGCCAUACCAUAUAUCCUUAGAACAUCCUAUUAACCCUUUCUGUCAACCCUGUUAAAUGCCUUCUCUAGGUCCAUUAAAGCAGCAAACAGCUUUCUAUCCUUUUCUGAAAAUGUUGGUUCGGUCCAGUUUUAUUAAAUGAAUUUGUAUC